UUUUUCUUUUGGCCGGACGUGACACUGGGGGAAUCGAGGAUUGUGGCACUGCCACGUCAGGCACGUGGUGAUUGGAACGGCGCGGACCAGCGGGAGGAAGAUUCCGGUGUUUGGGAGGGUUCUAAACCCUUUUUGCUAAAAACCCUUUUCUUUUAUUCACAAUGCCCAGCCAUGGGUUCACCAUAAUCGCCGACCUUCAGUGAUCGUCCCUACGUCCACCGCCACCAUUUUGAGAGCCGUGGUCUCCAUGCCGGAACGCUGCCGUUCGCGUCAGCUCUCGUGAUAGCCGCCACCACCGCCACUCCGUAGAAAACCGUUUAGUGUUCUAAAUGAAAUGGUUCUCACUUCUCAGUUAUGCCAACCAGAAACAUCGUCAAAAAGUUCUGAACGGCAUGACAUUUUUCUUCCACUACUUCACCCUCAACCAUCUCUCAAGGAAACUCUCAAAAAGAAGAAGAAGAAGAAGAAGAUCAAUGCGACCCUUCUCUCAAACUACCAAAAAACCAUCAUCAUUAGCAGCAGCAGCAGCAGCAGCAUGCACAACCAUAAUGGACCUCCCAGGCCCGAUCCUCAUCGACAUUCUCUCAAGGCUGCCGUUCAAGUCAAUCUCGGACUCCAGGUGCGUAUGUACAACUUGGCGCAGUUUAGUCUCAGACCCUCUUUUCGCUUCUAUGCACCUUGCAAGAGCUCAAACCCUUGAGGUCUUGCUCCACCCCAAAAGCGUCGGUUGUGCUUCUACAACCCUUCACUGGGUUGAUCUUGAUUGCAUUUUCAAAACUGCUCCUCCUGUUGAUCGAAAUGAGCGGCGCGAAACGAAGCUCAAUACCAAAUUUUAUCUUCCACUUCCAGGUUGUAACAUUGAGAGGAAGUGCCUUAAAGAAAACACUAAUAGCCGUCGUAGUAGUUUAAUGGACCAGUAUGGUAUUGUGAAUUCAUGUAAUGGUUUGCUCUGUUUAAGCAAGCCCAUAUAUAACAAUCCUCGUAUUAUAUGCAAUCCGCUUACUGGUGAGUAUGUAAGAAUUCCCAAGUCUCAAGGGGAUGACAUGUUUUUGGGUCCUGUUAUUCCGGGGUUUGGUUACUCUCAGAGAAGUAACAAGUACAAGGUUGUGAGAUCGGUGUGUCAGCCUGAAAAUAUGUUUCAGACUAUGGCUGAGGUGUAUACGGUUGGAACAGCCUCAUGGAGGAGCAUUGGAUGUGCUCCGUUUGACCUUGGUUUAGCAUUGUUUACAACGUAUCUGAAUGGAGUGGUUCAUUGGGUAAGUGAUACUGCAAGUGGUCCGGUUGUUAUAGUGGCUUUUGACUUUGAGGAAGAACAAUUCAGUGUGAUCUCGUUGCCUCCUCACUUUGGGGAGACACACAAAGAAAGAGAAAAUUUGCACAAUAUGAAUAUGGGAGUAUUAGGAGGUUGUCUUUCUGUAUGUGAUGUCACUUUUUGGGAUCAUUUUGAUAUAUGGGUGAUGAAGGAGUAUGGUGACCCAACAUCUUGGACUAAAGAGCAUGUUAUAUGCGCGCACUCUGGUUGCCUCCAUCGGCCAAUAAAGUUCCUGGAGAAUGGAGAUAUAUUGAUGAUAUAUAACAAGGCGGAGUUGGUUGCAUAUAGUCCUGUAGAAGGAUAUUUUAGGUAUCUUAAAAUUGAUGGGAUUCUGGCUGUGUUUGAAGCAAUUACCCAUGUACCAAGUUUCGUCCCACUUGCAGAUGCUGUAAUGGGAGAUCAUCUGAAUGUGCAAAACAUAAAAGCAAGUUGUUCUGAGCGUGAAGUUUCGGAAGGGACUGAAACUCUUUUUCUAGUUGAACAAGGCAAGCCAAGAAGUACAUCAAAAUCAUCUUUACUUUGGGCAGUCGGUGAUGAAGAAUAGAUAACAUGUUUCCAUGUUGCAGAGGAUGAGGUUUUGAGCCAAUAUCUGCUCUGAUGUGAAGAAUCUGUUCAUUGAGCUGAAAGCUUGAGAGCUUUUGUGUAUAUACUCCGUAGCACUGAGGUUUCUGUUUUCUCAGCCUAGCUUC